AUGUCUCAACCGCCGUUCCAAUUAUUGGAACUAAAUGUUAUAUCAGCACAAGAUUUGGCUUCUCUCGGAAGAAACAUGCGAACCUACGCGGUUGCAUGGGUUCAUCCUGAUAGAAAACUUUCCACUCGUGUGGACACACAAGGCCACACGAAUCCAACAUGGAACGACAAAUUUGUUUUUCGCGUGGACGAAGACUUUCUAUACAGUGACACAUCAGCAAUCAUGAUUGAGAUCUAUGCUUUACAUUGGUUCAAAGAUAUCCAUGUUGGCACCGUUCGUGUCCUCGUUGGAAACCUCAUUCCUGCGCCGGCUAGACCUUUUCACAAUGACCGUGCUCCUCUUGGUAUGCGAUUUGUCGCUCUUCAGGUCCGUCGUCCUUCCGGUAGACCUCAGGGGAUUCUCAAUAUCGGCUUUACCGUUCUCGAUAGUUCGAUGAGGAGUAUGCCAAUUUAUACGCAUGAUGCCUCCGCCGUUGGUUACCAGCAUUUGAUGGGAGAAAAAGAUACUUAUGAUAACCAUAAUUAUCUUAGUCCUCGUGUUGUUUCUGCCGGUGGAGGCGGCGGAGCCGGUGGCGGUAAACCUGAACUCCGACGAACGAAAAGUGAUACAAGCUCUAUUCUUGUUGCCUCUGAAGCCGUUAUGCGACACCAACGCAAUAGUAUUAAUAAAGAAAGAGCUAAUUCUGCAAUUUCUGGUUCUGAAAUUAGCGAGUAUAAGGUGAAGAAAAGUAAUAAGAAGAAGAAGAAAAGCAAGAAAUCGUCGUCUAAGGCUAGUUCUAUAAUCAGCAGUGUUUCUGGAAAAUUUACAGGUUCUGUUCUCAGCGAUGCAGUUGUUCCGUGGAAGGUUAAAAAUGGAAAAACAAGUUCUACUCCUUCAGAGACACACGUGGAUCAACCGCCGCCACCACCAUUCAAUGACGAUGAACACCACCACCCCCACCACCACAACAACAACAACCAUGACCACCACCCCCACCACCACCACCACAACAACAACAACAACCAUGAAAAUGAGGUUGAUGAUGAUGAUGAUGAUGAUGAUGAUAAUGAUGUUAAUAGCGGUUCUGAAGGUGCUACAACCGAUAAUGAAAUGAAUGAGAAACAUAACAUUGCAUAUGAAGUUAAGGCCACGCCAAGACGUCAUUAUCCACCACCUCCGGCAGUGGCUCCAGCGGAAUUUAGAAACUCUCCGAUGCCGAAGUUUAUGAAAUCUCCGACGAUGCCGGAAUAUAAGAAUUCUCCGAAGCCGCACUAUAAGCAAUCUCCAAUGCCGGAGUAUAAAAACUCUCCUAAGCCGCAGUUUCAUAAAUCUCCGAUGCCGGAGUAUAAGAACUCUCCUAUGCCGCAGUUUCAUAAAUCUCCGAUGCCGGAAUCUUCGGCUAUGCCGGAAUAUAUGAAUUCUCCUAAGCCACAGUUUAAAAACUCGCCAAUGCCGGAGUUUAAGAAUUCUCCGAUGCCCCAGUUUAGGAAUUCACCUAUACCGGAGUAUAACAACUCACCUAUGCAUCCGGUUAGGAACUCUCCAAUGCCGCAGUUUAGGAAUUCCCCCAUGCCACAGUUCAGGAAUUCCCCCAUGCCGCAGUUUCGAAACUCUCCGGCGGUGGCACCACAUUUUAGGAAUUCACCGGCGGUUACGAAGUUCAACCCAGCAAUGGGGUUUGGUGGUUCACAAAGGGGUACUCCACUGCAUCCGUUUGGGAAGAUGAACGGUGCAAUGGAAUACCAAACGCCGAUGAGGUCUAACUUGGCAAACAUGAGGCCGGUUAUGAUGACGGAGUCGGAGCUGGGACCAUCUCCUUCGGAGGUUGCAGCUGCAAUGGCAAGGAAGCCGGUGAUCGAUGAGGAUACCUCAACAGUUGGAGGGUGGAGCUUGGAUGAGAGUGUGGAAGGAUUGGAGUCAAAAUUAGACAGGUGGCGGACGGAGUUGCCUCCGGUGAUAGACCAAGGUGAGUUGUCAAGCUUUCCAACGACAACAAGCACAAAGACCAGCCGCCACUCGCGGAGGAACACAGAUGGAGGGUCAGGAGGGAAUGGGUUGUUUUCUUGCUUUAGUACUAUAUGCGGUCUUGAGUGCUCAAUUGUGUGUGGUGGCGACCCUAAGGACAAGGCCAAAGCCAAGGCCAAGAAGAAUAAUCGCAACCGCUCUUCUUCUUCAGCUGAUGACAAUACCACCGGCACCAGCCUUCUGUGACAAACCACUGGCUGAUGUAGGGUUGUGUAGCAUGUGUCAUGGGAAAGGACUAAAAUGUAAUUUUCUUCAUUUUUUAUUAAUAUCUUUUUGUUAACUCUUUUGUGUCAUUCCAA